CGACGCGUUUAUUUCUGUUUUUUCGUGUUUCACCAAUUCUUUUUAUCAUUCACCAACCAAAAUGGAACCCUCCAAGAAACAGGGUCAAAAGUCCAAGCCAUUACGAGCGCAUGAAGAUAAUAAACAUCCUACAAAGAAACGACGAGUGAUUACAGCUUCAGAAAAACGAGCAGCAGUUUUAAAAAAGCUACUUCAGCAGAGUAAUAACGAUAGUUCUCCUGCUCCUGCUACCGCCACCAACACCACGAAUGACAAAACCAAGGACGACAACAGCGAAUGCGCCAAUAACAACACCAUUUAUAAUAGCGACAGUAACAGUAGCGAUGAAGAAGAUGAUAUACCACUGACAAGGCGUCGUGCAUUUACCCAAAAACAACAGCAGCAGACACCAUCGCCAUUGCGAGAAAUAGAAUCCCCGUUACGUCGAAUGCAACUUCAAAAACCUUCCAGUCACAGCACUCCAAGAACUGAGAAGAAACGAAAAGCACCACCUCGAAACCACAUCCCGUCGCCAGAAGCAAUGAGCGAAGGAGAAUCAGAACUAGAAUCGCCCUUACGCAUAAUGGAGAUCGAUCAGUCAUCGUCUGAUCUCAAAGAUACGGAACCAAGUGAAAAAAUUCCACCACCUCCUUCACGGGCCCGCAGCACUAGCAGCAGCAGCCCGCCACCAGAUAACUCUAUAGACGAGGAGCAGCGACGGCACGUUCAACAUGAAAAAGGCGAAGACUCGUUUGAGAAGCGCGGAGAAGUGGCACUCGCGAAACUCUCAGCUUUUGUGGACAUUAUACUUGAACGACUGGAUAAUAUAGAUGACGAUGGCGACGACAGUAAUGCUGUCGCCGACGAUAAAAACGCAAUACUGACCAUAGACGAUCCGCCCUUAUUGCAACCUUCAACAAUGCAAAAGUUCACCGCACUUGCGCUAAAAGCAGCACAAUAUCGUGUUGUUACAAGCAAUAUCGACCUUAUUCCUAAGAUUGCACAAAUUAUCCGGUCAAUGGAGCAGCAUUGUGUCCAGGCAAUGGAAUUACAAAUUAUUUCGACAUAUGCGAAAGCACGAGAGAGCAAAACCGGCUAUGCUGGAAUUGUCAAAAUGCUGGAUCGAAUCGUCAGCGGAUUGGAAGCCGCUGCCAUGAUAGUCGAUUUAUACUCUGUUUGCAAAAUUGAUAAGCAGCAUCUUCCCGAAAACUUAGUCUUAACAUGUAUGCAAUACGUCCGAAGUCAGUUGGAUAAUACCAUCUAUCCACUCAUUGAUUUGAAUGGCUUUGAAGAAGACGCGACAAGCUUGAACAACGACGCGCGGGCUUUUUUGCGAUUCGUGGAAGCGACACCAGUAGCGAAGAACCAUCUAUCACGUAUGCUACCACUAGUCACUCACCUGUUUUGCCGUAUUAGUAACAACUUGUUACCGAUGGAAGGUUUGGAUGACCACGGUAUUAUCGUCCUAUGCUACAUUGCUCUCGGUGCGUUUUUCCAUGAUUACACGGACGAGAAUCACUCUUGCCUUGUGAAGACAAGUUCUACGACAGGCGGCGACACAAUUAUCAAUCCUUAUGAGCAGAUGAAGAUGGCGGCAUUGGAUGUCUUGCGUCUCUUAUUCAACAAAUAUCCACAGCAUCGGAAAUGGAUCCUAUCCGAGAUUCUGACCAGCCUCAACUCCUUGACAACGAUGGAUCGAACGGUCAAACGGUAUCGACUGCGAGGUGGUAGUGGCGAUAAGAUCCAUGUCAUGAGCGCCCUCUUAAUGCAGCUGGUACAGUGCUGUACGAUUACCGCGGAUAUGGAGGACCACCGUCAAUGGCUUCGAAAAUGGGAACUGCGGUAUCAAAAGGUCCGAAAGGAAGGUGACAGCGCACAGAUCCAAGAUCUUCAGCAAAAGAUGGCGCAAAAGACAGUUUCUUUCUGGAAAAGUGGCAUUGACGCUGCAACGGAAAGUGCUUCGUAUCUCCUGGAACAUCUUGUGUCAAAAUGUAAAUCCAGAAAACGCGACAGCUACUCAGUGGCAGAAUAUCGGGCAAUAUUAGAAAGCACGUUAAAUGACAUGCUGUUAGUCUUGGGCAAGCCAGAGUGGCCUGCUGCGGAACUCCUUCUGCAGGUGCUCAGUGUGAUAUUGACAUCCAAACUCAAAUCUAGAAAGUCUGAGCUGUAUUUAAAAUCACUUGCUAUCGACUGGCUUGGCAUCAUUUCAUGCAGAAUCAAGGCCGGCAUCGAUUCGGUCAGCGGAGGGACCUCGGCAUCUCUCACCCCCAAAUGGAUCUACGAGUUAUACGAGAAACUUCCUUCGGAAAUAAACAGCACCACUUCGCCGGACGUCAUUGAUUUACUUCACCAGUGCCAUAUGAAACUUUACGAGCAUUUCGAUCAGCCCAACGAUACAGCACGCCAGUUUCACUUAUGCGCUUGGGGAUUCAGCUAUGCAAGUUGUUGGACGAAAGCGACGCAAAAGAAUGAACAAGAAUGGGGAUCCGAGAUCCAAGAAGCCCUUCAAGUCAAUAUGGGCCGUACCUUUUACCUCUCCGUCGCUGGCGGCAUCAGUGGGCGUUAUCCUGAACAAUGGGCUAGCAAAAGCUCCUUGUUCGAGUUUCCUGAGAUGAGCUGGGCAGAUCUUACUUUAUUAUCCGAGCUUCUCGUUUCGCGCAACACUUUAUACAAAAGCUUCAAUAUGUUUUUGGCAGAGAUCAUGGAAUGCUUUCAUAGUGAUGUUGCUACUUAUCGAAACAAGGCUGUCAAGGCAAUUCGACAUAUCGCUAAUGGUGUUCCAGAAAUUCUUGAUGAGUCUCGUAUCAGGAUACCAAUCAUACAGCGUAUACACGAUAGCUCACCCUCGGUUCGUGAUGCAGCUGUUGAGGUUCUUGCCAAAUAUUUGGGCCGCCAGACCGAUGUCCCACGUAAACUAUACGACAUUGUGAGCAUGCGUAUCAUGGAUACUGCAAUUAAUGUCAGAAAACGAGUCAUCAAACUGCUGCGUGAACUCUAUUCCAAGUGCAGUGAUGAGGAGCUCAAGAUUGAUAUUGCAUCAAAAUUGAUUUUGCGAAUCAGCGACAGUGAAGUGGGGAUUAGUGACCUUGCACUCAAAAUGUCACAAGAAGUGCUAUUCUUUCCAUUUCAAGAUAUCGAUAAGGAUGAUGGCGAUUAUUUUGGAUCAUCCUAUGACAAUGCCCCCAAAGCACGCAAAGAACGGAUAAAGGCCCUCACCAAUAUUAUCACCGGAGCCGCUUCUCGAAUAGAGGGUGGGAAGACUACAGCACUUUCGCAGAUUGUUCAGAAGACUCUGGAUACAAGCAACGACAAAUCGCGGAUAUGGUUCGAAAAGGUCUUCCAAUGGAUUAUCGACUGCCUGUUCCAGAGCAUGAUGGCACAUGACGAAGCUGGAGAGAUGCGAGAAUUCAAGUAUUGUCUGGUUACUGCACACUCGUUCAUCAAAGUCUGCCCUGAUUUGCUACGUGAAACGCAGAUGACAGCGCUCCAGCCUUACUUGAGUGUAUCUGAGCAGGACGAUUGGCCAUUAGCACGUCAUGUUCUCAACAUCUAUGAGGAUGUUUUGCCUCGUAUCAAGUAUCAUGAUCCUGAUUUUAUUGCGCUGAUUGAGCGUGUGCUUAUUCAGCUGGUGGGCACAAGCCCCCUCGAGGUUACGGCCAGCACUGUUUCCUGUCUUUGCGCUAUUGUCGGUCGAAUCUCCCAUCACUAUGGGAUCCUGGUUCGAAUCCUAGGGUCGUGCAUAGUUAAAUUGAGAGGAUUACAGAAAGUCAUUCGAGAAAAAAGCGCGUUGGAUCGACCGGCUACCAAUGCUACUAAGCUACUGGCUAUUUGUGGGUUGUUAUGCCAAUACUUUGAUUUCGACGGCAAGCGGAAGGAAGAUCCAGAAAAGAUGAAGGCGCUUGAUAAAAUUACCGAGGGAACCAUCGAUUCGACCGUUUUCAAGUUACUGUUCUGGUAUACCGACAAGUGGCAUCAAUAUGCUGACAAUACCUCCAUACGAUUGGCAGCGCUUCAGAGUCUUGGUUAUUUGUUUAUGCGAUACCCGACGCUAAUAACAACCGAAGCUUGCUUGGAAUUAAUGGACGAUAUCUUUGAUAAUGGCUCUGUGAUGAUGCAAACGCGGCUUAUGAAAGUGUAUUAUGACUUUCUUGCGUCAGAAGAAAACAGAUUGAAAAAGAAUGAAGAAGUCGCGGGUGCGUCCUUGUAUACGAAGGAAAUCGAUGUGAAUGUAUUGCUGGGAAACACAGCAGAGUUUGCAGAACUGGGCGUAAACGGCUCGCUUAUGCAACGGUACCUUGGAAAGAUCUUGGAAUGUUCUAUCAACGAUUCGGGUGAACUACGCUACGCUGCGUAUGAAGUUAUAUCUGUGGUUAUGCGUCAAGGAUUAGCACAUCCAGUCUUGUGUAUGCCCGCCAUCUUUGCUGCAGAGACAAGCCCAGACAGUGCUUUACGACACAAAGCUUAUUACCUCCAUCGGUUUGCCCAUGACAAAUACGGCACACUGCUGUAUACACACUUUCCACAAUAUUUUACCAAGGCAUUUCAAUACCAAAAGUUGCAUGCUGGUAUCACUGCUAGAGGCUACCGAAUCAGUGGUGGCGAUACCAAGUUUGAUGCCCUCUUUGGAUUGACAUUCAGUAUUAUCAAGCAAAAGAAAAAGCCAAAGGUCGAUUUCCUAAGCUCGUUAUUAAAGCCUUUUAAAUUUGAUCUUAAAGAAACAACAGUGGAAGAGGUUGAUGUAUACUAUCUCCGGUUCCUCGCGGAUAACGUCAUUGCACUGGAGCUCACACAAUCCGACGAAGUGUUCCACUUACUAUACCAUAUCAGCCGAAUCCAGGCGACAUCGUGUGCGGACCUGGUCUCCUAUAUCCAGUAUAUGAGGAAAAAUAAUGGUCGGUCCGAGAAUAGCAACAGCGGCAGGAUCGAUCAGCUUGCGUCAAAGUCGGCGAUAGCAAUGUACAUCUUAUUACGUAUAAAGGCGUCUUUGAAAGAUCUCUAUGGAAUUAGUGAUAGCGACAUUGCUGAGUUUGACCCCAAUGAAAACCGAAAAGCUCGGGCAAUAUCCAAGAUUGCCGAGACGGAUUAUGUGAUAGAUUGGGCAGACGAGUUACAAUUUUUCCAGGAAAAUCGACUUGACGAAACUACAGCGACAGAUGCAUACGACCAAUUUGAGCUACUGGCUAUGGCCACGACAACAGCUGAAGAAGAGGAAGAAGAUGACGACGACGACGAGGAUUUGGACGGUUAAUUCCGACGAGAUAGAAACGACAACACAUUUUUUUUCUGCUUACUUACUCCUCCAUUCGACCUCACUUUGUUUCUUCGAAUUGUGCGAUGCUUUUUUAACUUUCGCAUAAAAAAGAAUGCAGGAAUGAAUCAUAUACCCCGGUAUAGCUGGACCGAGCAUAUUUUUAUACGAGAAAAGCCAAGAAUAUAUCCAUCGGACAAGCCGAUUCGGACCGAUUUCCAAUCAUCAAGCAAAAUGGCAUGAACAUGAGCACUAUGUACAUAUCGCAGUCACUAGAAGAAUGCAUCUGUAAAACACAGCUUUUAUUCUCAAAAUAAUAACAACAAAAUGAAA